UGAAAAUUGAAGGGAGGACAAAGAGUAGCAGCUAGGUAUGCAAAAGAUUUUCGCAUGCUCUUCAACAGCAGUCAUCAAAACCCUCGCUUGAUGAUUCUCUCUUCCUGAUCGCGUACGAUCUCCAUCGAUUCCUAAAACUCGUCAGUCUUCGUCUUCCGCUCUCUUGUAAUGGAAGAUGAUGACGAGUUCGGAGAUCUUUACACCGAUGUCCUACGACCUCUCACGGCGGCAUUCCAAUCUCAACAGUCGCCACCUGCUGCGCAACACCUGGAAGAAGGGGGAGCUGUUGAAGCUGAAGGUUCCAAAGCUACUGAAUCGCUCCAGGGCAUCCAAACAGAUCCGGAAGUCGUUAAAGAAGAUAGAGGGAUCAAUUCUGGAGCUCAGAAAUCCAAUUAUGACCCUAAUAUAAGCUCCGAAUCUUCUCUUGUCGUUGAAGAAAGAACCAAUGCCCCUCGAGAGGAAGAGAAACAGCACAUUAAAAAAAUCCUUGAUUUUAAUCUUAAUUUGAAUCAAGAAAUUGAAAACCCAGAGGUUUCGGUUGGGACUGGGAUUGAUUUAAAUAAAUCAGAUUUGGGUGAAAGGGUUUUUGAGAAGAGUGACGCAGAAUCACGAGAUUUGACUUUUGGAGACUCCAAUUCCAAGGAGGAAGCUAAAAUUGAUGUUGUAGUGGAAGAGAUGGAUGAUAAAGAAGAUGGCUUGCUGGAUAAAGAUGAAAACAUUGUUGAUAGGUUGAUCACUAGGGGUGGUGAAGCUGGGAGCUUUGUGAUGGAAACGGGAGACUCAAAGCCCCUUAUUCCAGGGGUGUCAAUUCCCGGAGUUUCAGGAGCUGCAGCAACAGGUAGAGAUGGGGCUUUGGUGACUGAAUGGGAAAGUGACAGUGAUGAUGACGAUUUGCACAUAGUGUUGAAUGAACACAAUCAUGGACCCAUGGGAAUGGACAUAAUGGGUGGAAUGGGAGCUGAUGGUGAUGACGAUGAUGAUGGGGAACCUUUGGUCAUUGUUGCUAACACUGAUGAUCCAAAUCAUCCACCAAUGGUUGAAGAGCAAGAAUGGGGUGAAGAGCUGGUUUCUUCUGCUGAAGGGGAGAAGAAGGAAGAUGCAACAAAAGUCAUCGUAGGAACAGGGUUUGCGCCAAAGGUUGGGUACAGCAAUCAUGGGUACCACCAUCCGUUUCAUUCGCAGUUUAAGUAUGUGAGACCUGGUGCAACACCAAUCCCUGGAGCUCCUACGGCUGGCCCUGGAGCAACACCAGGUCAAGUUCUCCCACCCCCACUCAGUACAAGCCUUGUUGCUGGACGAGGAAGAGGAGAUUGGCGACCAAUGGGGAUUAAAGGUCCGUUAACAAUGCAAAAAGGUUUUCCAGGGUAUGGUAUGCCUGCUUGGGGAAGCAAUUCAGCCGGACGUGGAAUCGGGUUGGACUUCACUCUCCCUUCACACAAGACUAUAUUUGAGGUUGAUAUUGAUGGUUUCGAUGAAAAACCUUGGAGACUUCCAGGCAUUGAUGUGUCUGAUUUUUUCAACUUUGGCUUAAAUGAAGAAAGCUGGAAAGAUUAUUGCAAACAGCUGGAACAGUUUCGGCUUGAGUCGACUAUGCAAGGAAAAAUACGAGUGUAUGAAAGUGGGAGGACAGAACAGGAGUAUGAUCCAGAACUUCCUCCGGAGCUUGCAGCAGCUUCUGUCAUUCAAGAUAUUUCAACUGAAAAUGCGAAUCUAGGGAAAACUGAACUUGCUCAAAAUGACUUGGCAAAAGGAUCUAUACGUAGCAGGCCACCACUGCCUACUGGAAGACCAAUACAAGUGGAAAAUGGCUCUGGUGAGCGCCUCCCAUCCAUCGAUACAAGGCCGCCACGACUCCGUGAUUCUGAUGCUAUUAUAGAGAUAGUCUGUCAAGACAGUGGCGAUGAAGAAAACAAUUCGGAACAACCCAGAAAUCUACCAUUGAGAGGGGAUACAAGAGGCGUUGAUGAAAUCAGAGAUCUCCAGCACGAAGAAAAUCGUAAUGCAGAUGGUUUUCAGCAUGCUUAUAAUGGUUGGAAGAGAGAUUUUCCCGGUAGAAGAGCAGAAUUUAAUCCUGGGCCUGACAUGAGUCAAGGCGAUCAAAUUACAAUUCUUCCUUCAGAAGAACCGGAUUUUGAGGGGAAAGCUUCUGUUGCACAUGACAUGAAUUGGGAAAAGGGCAGAGCACACCGCAGAUCAUCUGAUAUGGGGGCCAGUGGAAGUCCAAAGGAUAAACAGUCAGCUCUUGAUAAUCAGAGGGAUGAAUCAGUGAGUGUCGAUGAUGGAAGAACUCCCCUUUCAUCAUCUCCAAUGUCUAAUAGAUCUCUGCAUGAUGAGGCUCUUGAAAAUAACAAUAAUCUGCACGAGGAGUUAGCUCCAGCACAGAGAAAUUCUGGAGUGAAGAAGGAAGAAAGGGUUUUGGAUGAAAGAACUAUUAGUGGUAAAAUGAAGGAUGUCAGUCUAAUGAGUUCUGCUAAAAACCUUAAGCUCAGGUCACGCCUUGAGGAUCCAUCUCCUCAAGACACCGAAGGUGGAGAAGAUUCAAAGGCAAGUGGAAACAGCAAAACAAGGUCCGAAAGCAGCAAAGAGUAUCAUAAAUUACACGAUGGUCUUGAGGAAGAAGUUCAAGGUGAUCGCUUUGCACAUGUGGAUAAUACGAGGAAAACUAGUGGAGAAGAGGAUAGAUUACGACGAAAAGGUCGUGAUGAGAAAGAAUUAGAGAAACACCGAGUGGUAGGAAAAGGGAGGGAAGAUUCUUACAUGCGCAAAGGAUAUGAUUCUAGCUCAGCCCAUCAUUUACACAAUAAAACCUCCACUGUAGACUGGCGUAAAGAGCGUGAUCAUUCUGAUGUGUCCUGGCAACAUCAUAGGGAUGACGAUAUGCAUGGGAGAAGGUCUAAAGUGGAUGACUCCCGAAAGCGAGAACAUGUUGAUGAAAUUGAAUCCAAACACAGGAACAGGAGUCGUGAUAUUGAUAGGAUUGAGAGAGAAGGACGCCAUUCAUUGAGGAAGCAACUAGACAACAAUGGCGGUUUGAGGCCAGAUCAUGAAAAAGAUGCAGUAGUCUGGCACAGAGAAAGGGAUGACUUGAAGUACCGAUAUGAUACUAUAGAUGACCGUCACAGCAAAAGAAGGAAGGAGGAUCCAAAAUCCAGCAGGGAGCGUGUGGAGAGGGAAGAAUCCUCGCAUGCGCGGGGAGACGGAACUCUUCUUCGCCGUAAGAGGGAGAGAGAUGACCUUUCAGAUCAAAGGAAGCGAGAUGAGCAAAGAUUAAGAGAUGAUACCAGGUACAAAGAAGAGGUACUGUUUCAGAGUGAGCGAGGUGAGAGACAUAGGGAUCGUGGUGAUUGGUAUAAGCAUAAACAAUCCCAGGAUGAAGCUCUGUCAUCAAAGAGAGAAAGGGAUGAACUGCGUGGUGGCUUGCGGGCGGGUCGAGCUGCCGAAGAGAAACCGUGGGUUGGCCCACAUGGGAAAGAUGAGUACAAAGGUUCUGACAGAGAAUAUCAUUCGAAGGAUCCAGGGAGGCAUGUUGAGCAUCUCAAACGAAGGGAACAUGAUGAAAAUGCAAGUCCUUCACGACAUAGAAGCCGUGAAGAUGUAUAUGGACGGGGGCACCAGCCUAGUAAUGAUGAUAGGAGAGCAAGGAGUGAAAGGGUGAGCACUCGUCAAGAUCACUCUGCUCAUGAAUCUGAUGGUUUGAAGGUUCAUGAAAAGAAACGUAGAGAGAAUUCCGCAAAGGAUAGAGCAUCUGAAGCUGGGGAUCAUAAUUCUAUGCUUCCUUCAAGGCUGAAUGAAGAUGAGCGCAGUGGACAUGCAAGUGAGACGGUGAGCUUGAAACGGAAAACCGAGAAGGGAAGUGAUGACAAUGAGAUUCAAGUAAAUCAUCAAACUUCCAAGAAAGACAGAGAAGAUGCUUCGUCUGACGAUGAACGACCGGACUCAAAAAGAGGACGUUCCAAAUUGGAGAGAUGGACAAGCCACAAGGAAAGAGACUUCAGUAGUGUCAACACUACCAAGUCAUCAUCUUCUUCCUUACCAAUCAAAGAAAAUGAUGUCAUGACCGGACUCCACGAGACUUCAAAGAAAGCAGAUGACAAUGAACAACUGCCACAACAGAAUGAAAGCAAUAGUAAUGCUCUUGCUGAGAUUAGUAUUGGUAGUGCUGAUGUGAAAAGAGUGGAGGAUAAACACUUGGAAACUGUUGAGAAGCUGAAAAAGCGAAGUGAGCGUUUCAAGCUUCCCAUGCCUGGAGGAGAUAAAGAAGUAACCACGGUCAAGAAGACUGAUAAUGAAAGUCUUGCUUCCGCAGGGCAAAUGGAGUCCCGCCCAGAUUCAGAGGUCAAGCCUGAGCGCCCCCCAAGGAAGAGGAGGUGGACUAGUAGCUAAAAAGCCUCAGACAAAAUUGCUGGUUUUAUCAGGAUGCUCCCAUCAUUCCUUUUUCAUGCCAUUUAUAUAUCCCUUGUUACUGAGGAGCCUUUCCCAGCUGCUGUUUUAAGAGCUUUCCUGUUUUAUAGCGACCCAUGUAUUUUUUUUUAUUUUAUUUCACUUUUGUUUUAAAAAGUGUUCCCAUAUAUAUAUAACAUAAAGAUGUAUCAUUGUAACUGCCUGCUUACAAGGCUCACAGAAUUUGAACUCCAUUUGGGUUGUUAGACAUUAAUAGUGUAACACAAGCAAAUAUUUUGCUUCAAUUGACAUGUGGCUAAAGGGGCCAUUUUACUUCAGGCUUCUUGAUUUUGCUUCAGGAAAGAUGGCAGAAAAAAUUGUAGAGGUUUCAUGAAGGUGACAAUUCUUGCAAGGGAGGUGAAAUACGUACUGUCAUUGGUUGCCCAGUUGGCCAGUAGAGACUAGAGAGACUGUAAUCAAGGCUAGAUUAGUAGUGUGCCAUUACCAAUUUAGCCAUUACUGCAGCUCCAGUUGAGAAAUUAGGCAGUGUAUGAUCUUUUAAGGCCUUAAAGGUAAUCUGAGUAUAUGUGUGGUUUACUUUUUA